AUGCUCGCCCCUCUCCUCGAAUCCAUCAAAGACUUCUUCGUAACAGGGAUCUACUCCCUCUUAAUCGUAAUCGCAAUCCUCCGGGCAUCCCUAACGCGACUCCUGCUCGAUCUCAAGGCAAAAGGAUGGCUCACUUACCUCCGCUAUCUGCCUCCUGCGCGCAUUUGGCUGUUGGGAAGCGCCUUCCUGCUGGCGAUCCAGAUGAGAAGACGGUUCAUUAAACAACGGAGGCCGGAGGGUGCCCCAGUGCCAUCAUCCGACGACGCUCGUCUAGCGGACCCCGAGCAUGCCCUGGCCAGUGGCUCGGCAAAGAAUUCGACCAGAACAAAUUCAAACCAAGACGUAUUGAUUGAUGUGAUCCCAGUGCAACGAAAGAGAACGUGA